UAGAAUAACAUGUCCAGAGAGAAUACUGUCUGAGUGGAGCACCUUUCUGGGAGAGUGAAUAUCAUCGGCUGGAAGACGUCAAGCAGUCUAAGGUAGAUUCUUUUGUGACUGGCUUUUGGCUUGUGAGGGCCAAGUGAAGCAAACUAUAUCAACAGAGUAAUAACUCUCUGGUUUGACCCAAGAAAAGGAGUGCACUGGUGAAGAGAAUGGAAACUAAAGGAAGCACCCGAAGUGGAAACAAGCCUGAUGCCAAGAUUGCCAGCUCAGGAAAACCUGAGAAGACUAGCCCUGGGCCCACUGCAACGACAGAGAAGAAAGAAACCCCUCCUAAGGAGCAGCCAGCUCCUGCUGCCACCACUCCAGCGAAAAAGGGGCCAGUGGCAGCAGCAAAUGAGGCCACAGUGGUGAACAACCACAGCAAUGUGAAACCCAGCUCUGCAGCAGCAGCAACAGAGGGUCCUGAAGGUGGGAAUCAUCCUGCUAACUCGGAGCACAAAGAGAACAAUGCAGAGGAAUCCCCAGGCAGCACCAUCUUUGAGAACAUGAAGCCACUGAUCAUUGUUGGAGGAGCAGCAGUGGCUGUCAUAGCUGUGAUUGUGGGCGUGGCUGUCCUAGCCCGAAAGAAAUGAGCCCCAUGAAGCAUAGGGGAGACACUCUGGGCCAUGUACAGUUCCUUUUGAAAUAAAUGCAUGCAGUAAACUCUA